AUGGACAUGGGAGACCCCCCAAUAGUCGAGGAUGAGCAUUCUUCUUCUGAUAACGAGCAAAAGCAGCCCAAACCUCUACCCGCAGACUUGCCGACGUCGCUGGACGACCGGCGACGAGCGUCAGAAUACGCGGGGGAGACGGAAAUGUAUGACGGAUGGCAAGGACAAACCCAAUAUUUGGCCACUCCGAUAGCCACGAAACCGCUAUCAUUCAGCCUUGCCCUUGACGACCAUUCACACGAUGAAGAGCACGAAAUGCGCGCCCGUUUCGCUCAGUCAUUUUACGAACGAGACGACGACGAAACAACAGCCCGACUGGAGGAUAGUGAUGCCCGGUUAAUGGAGAUGUUGGCGGCACAGGCUGCCCACCGAGAGAUGACCUCGCUAGCUGCGGAUGAAGACGAUAUCGCAUUGGAUGAGAAGCUGUCGGACGAAGAGAAGACCGGUAUACUACAAAAGAGCUUGAACAUGGCGGCGAGCAAUGGCGAUGUGGAGCGAGUGCAGAAAUUAGUUAAUGGCGAAGCCAGGAAAUAUGUGGAUGUCAACAAGCCUGAUGAGGAGGGGGCUGUGCCAUUAAUAUAUGCCAGCUGCUUCGGACAUCAAGAUGUCGUUUCAGCACUUCUCGACACUGGUGCAUUUGUUGACAAACAGGAUCGCAAUCAAUGGAGCGCUUUAAUGUGGGCAAUGACAAAUCGACACAAGACAAUAGCAAAAAUUCUCCUCGAUCACGGUGCAUCACCCGACAUCAAAUCUUCUUCUGGUGGAACGGCGUUGGACUUUUUACAGCCAGGGACAGACAUUUCGCAGUAUCUUCACGAUAAUGGGUAUAACAUAGGGGCCGCUGGUAUCGAGGACGAUUUUUAUGACUCAGGGUUUGGCCACGGCCGUUUUGAGGAAGAAAUGGCACAGAAUGAAUUGAAACGUCGCAUGAUGAUGGAAGAGAGCGCACUGAAUCUCGAGGUCGAUCUAUCAAGUCUUGGGCUAGACGAAAAGAUGGAAGAGCCAGAUGAGUUUGAAGAUGAUCAACAAGAAUUCGUCUGGGACCGAUGCCUGAAUGACCAAAUGUUUGUGUUUCAAGAGAACGAGUUGGAGAAAAUUUUGGAUAUGAUAAUCACGAAUAUGACGCCGCAACGAUCGCCGUCACAAAAGCCAGUACCAGCCAAUUUGCUCUUUCUGAGCGCCCGAUAUGCUCAUUAUCAUGCGAGUCCUGAACUAUUGGAACAGCUGCUUAUGUCUGCGACGGACAAGAUCAAUGAUGUUGUCGAGCGUCAUCAAUGGGAUAUGACUAUACUUGCCUUCUGGAUCUCAAAUGCUACUUUGCUUCUCCAUUAUCUGAAGAAGGACACGGGGCUCAUGGAGUCUACCGUUGAAUUCCAGCUCCAUCUCGCCGAGCUGAUCAAUGAGAUUUUUAUUCUAAUCAUUCGCGACGCGGAGCGCCGCAUGAACCGGGUACUGGACCAAGCGAUGCUCGACCAUGAAACCAUACCGGGACUCAGCGAUGUCACUUUCCAAAAUGAAUGGAAAAUAUUCAAAUCGAAAUCAAAGCCAAAGGUCGAGCCUCUCGAGAAACGAUUUCGCCCACCAUCACCAAAGCGCCGAGCGCAGGUAUCGCCCCGCAAUAUCACUUCUCUUCUGUCAUCUACGUUGUUUGUCCUGGAUCUAUAUGAUGUGCAUUCAGUGAUCACAACGCAAAUAAUUUCGCAAUUACUCUUCUGGCUCGGUGCAGAACUCUUUAACCGCAUUAUGCUGACCAAGAAAUACCUGGCGCGGACGAAAGCAAUGCAAAUUCGGAUGAACGUAUCUGCGAUCGAAGAAUGGGCACGAAACAGCAAUAGGAGGCCAGAGCAUUAUGAGAACGGAUCAAUGUCAACGACAGGCGACACCACAGUCGACUCGGCUCGGAAACACCUUGCGCCUGUUAUCCAGCUGCUCCAAUGGCUCCAGUGCUUCUCCUCAUUGGGCGACGACCACGAAGCGCUCAUCACUACAUUAUUACAAUUACAACAACUGACGCCAACCCAGCUUCUACAGGCCGUCAAAUCAUACCGCGCCGAAGUCGGUGAGAAGGGCCUGACGAAAAGCGCAAUGAAAUUUCUUCUCAGCCUCCAGCAUGACCCCGACUUGUUAUAUCGCGAACACAUGAAACUCCAACAACCAGACGCUAUCCCACCUGCCACCGCCGACAAUCGCAAUUCUCUUCCCCCUCCUCCGUCUGCUGUUCCUUCAUCAUCAUCAUCAUCACCCCCACCAUCAACACCACAACAUUCAACGCCAAAUCCAGUCCCAGAGCCUCCCCCCACCAAAGUACCCCCUGAAAAUAACUACCAUAAUGAUAAUAUCAGCCCGUCAACUCCCCGAAACAGCGCCCUUCAUCAAUCACCCAUUUUGGUCCCCUCGCCAAAUUUCCACCACUCUACAGGCCCCGAAACAUAUCUUCUCGACCCAUCCAUGACACUGCCUUUCUAUCUACCAACCAGCACAGAUAUGCUGAUCAGCUACGGUGCCGGCUUCGGUGGGACGAAUAAAGAGCGAGCGAGGAAGUAUGUCCCCACUGUACCGACAGAAGUGCUGAGUCGGUUCGAUCGGGUAUGA